UUAAAGGUUUGACUGAUUGCUGAGAGGAAAUUGGCCCCUAAAGAAAGCAAAUUUCACAAAAACAAAAACAAACCCAAAACCUGAAAUCCCAAUAUUCGCCCACCCAUUUGCAACGAUCACCUUGAAAAUCACAUAUCCAUGGAGUUUAAUUGCUCAUCUCCUACCACCAUCCCUGUGGUUUCAACUUUUGCAUCUCCCUUUGACACUUCUGCCGCUGUCAAUGGCUCAGACUCCACGUCAACCAGGAAGCCCAUCAGCCUAUGGCCAGGAAUGUACCAUUCACCAGUAACCAAUGCUUUAUGGGAAGCCAAGUCCCAAAUCUUUGAGAGACUCCUUGACCCACCAAAAGAUGCACCCCCACAGAGCGAGUUGCUCACCAAAACCCCUUCUCAAAGCAGGACCAGCAUCCUUUAUAAUUUAUCAUCAGACUACAUUUUGAGAGAACAGUACAGGGAUCCCUGGAAUGAAGUUAGAAUUGGGAAGUUGCUUGAAGACCUUGAUGCUUUAGCUGGGACUAUCUCUGUCAAGCAUUGUUCAGAUGAUGAUAGCACAACAAGGCCUCUUUUGCUGGUAACAGCUUCUGUUGACAAGAUUGUUUUGAAGAAGCCUAUUAGUGUUGAUAUUGAUCUCAAAAUAGUUGGUUCUGUCAUAUGGGUUGGGAGGUCAUCAAUUGAGAUUCAACUAGAAGUCAUUCAGUCCACGAAAGAAAACUCGGAUGUUUCGGACUCUGUAGCUCUAACAGCCAACUUCAUCUUUGUGGCCCGUGACUCUAAGACUGGGAAAGCUGCUCCUGUUAACCGGCUUUCACCAGAAACUGAACGUGAGAAGUUUCUAUUUGAAGAAGCUGAAGCUAGAAGCAAAUUAAGAAAAAGAAAAAGAGUAGAUAGAAGAGAAUUUGAACAUGGGGAGAUAAAUAGACUGGAAGCACUCUUGGCUGAGGGCCGAAUCUUCUGUGAUAUGCCAGCCUUAGCUGAUAGAGACAGCAUUCUUUUAAAGGAUACCCAUCUUGAAAAUGCCCUGAUCUGCCAACCACAGCAGCGCAACAUUCAUGGUCGAAUUUUUGGAGGUUUUUUAAUGCAUCGAGCUUUUGAGUUAGCUUUCUCAACAGCUUAUGCAUUUGCUGGACUAGUACCUUGCUUUUUGGAAGUUGAUCAUGUUGAUUUCUUAAGGCCUGUUGACGUAGGGGAUUUCCUUCGUCUAAAAUCAUGUGUUCUGUACACGGAACUUGAGAACCCUGAUCAACCACUAAUUAAUGUUGAAGUUGUUGCUCAUGUUACAAGGCCGGAGAUCAGAACAAGUGAGGUAUCGAAUACAUUUUAUUUCACAUUCUCCGUACGGCCAGAGGCAAAGGCCACCAAGAAUGGAUUUAAGAUUCGAAAUGUAGUUCCUGCUACAGAGGAAGAAGCACGUCGAAUUUUAGAGCGCAUGGAUGCGGAGAUGCUGACACGGAAAAGCCAGUGAAGCGGGGGCUGAUCAACACAUUUCUUACAUCACCAGUUGAUGCUAUUUUAGUAUAAAUGUGGUGAUAAUUGGACGUAGUUAUAAAGCAUAAAUCAACCUGAUUAGCGUUUGGGAUCAUGUUAUUAUAAUACAUGACGAAACAGUGAUGCUACUUAGGUGAACUUCAGUUCAGAGUUGAAUCACAUAUUCGAACAAUCGUUUCAUUUUCA